AAAUUAAUCGAUUCGGACUCAAAAGUUCGUGGGUAGAUAACAGCAAAGAUAAAAUGUGACAGCCGUGUGAUAAUAUUAUAGUCGGCUUAUAGUCGUUGUUACGAGUCAACAAUUAUCGGUAUUCGUACAUAUUUUUGCUUUACGGAUAAUGGCGUUGUUCUCAGAAUUUAGUUCCAAAAUUAUAUUAUUACCACAAUAUUUAAUAACAAGAAGUAAUGAGGAUUGCAAUUUCAAUCCCAAUUUAGUUGAGUUACUGUUAAAUAUACAAUCAUCAGUUAAACUAAUACGAGCAACAAUAAGUGACGCAUAUAGAUUUGAUCUAGGAGGAUCAACCGGGCUGAAUAAUUUUCAAGGUGAAAACGUAAAAAAUCUCGACCAGAUAAGCAAUAAUAUAUUCAUUUCAACGUUUUCGUCUUCAAAACUUGUAAGUUUACUGAUAAGUGAAGAAAAUGAAAAAAUUAUUGAAGUAUGUGAUGAUAUACAAGGAAAGUAUAUCAUUUGCUUUGAUCCUCUCGACGGCUCAUCAAAUAUUGAUUGUUCAUUAUCAAUUGGCUCUAUUUUUGGAAUCUACUACGUAAGAAGUUGUACUUCAAAAUGCGAUAUGUUGAAUACGUUACGUAAAGAAAACCUAGUCGCAACUGGGUAUGCAUUAUAUGGCUCUACGACAAUGAUUGUACUGUCGAUUGGUUCUACUGUGAAUGGAUUUACUUACAGUGAAAAAAUUGGUGAAUUUCUCUUGACUCAUAAAAACAUAAAAAUACCGAAGCGCGGAAAUAUAUACAGUAUAAAUGAAGCUUAUGAAGAAUCAUGGUCAGAAGGAAUCAAAUACUAUAUAAAAUCUAAGAAAAACAAGUCAAUGCAUAGCAGUCAGUACAGCUCCCGAUAUAUCGGUGCUAUGGUUGCAGAUGUUCAUAGAACUAUUUUGCAUGGUGGGAUAUUCAUAUAUCCUGCGACCCGUAGUCAUCCACAGGGAAAGAUGGAAAAUGCGAUGAGUUAUAAAAUUAAGAACAAAUGUCUGGAGCGAGAGAUUGCCGAUACGAAGGUGUUUUAAGGGCACAUAAAUAAUUUUUCAAUAAUCGGCACCGGAACGAAUGCGGAGGCUUUCAGCGAUGUCUAAUCAUCUGCUGAAAUUUUUGCUCCAGAUAAGGAUAAAUAUGAAUCAGAGGUUGUAUCCUCGAGGUGUUUUCUUUUUAAAUUGUCAUUCCACGGAAUACUGUCACUAUAAUACAAUUUAAUAAUC